AUGAUCAAAUUUGGUAGCAAAGUCACAUUUCUUACGACGGAAUUUUUGCAUGCUCGACUGACUGAAGCAACUGCCAAUUCUGAAAUAAGGCUACUGUCCAUUCCAGAUGGACUUGAACUUGAAGAUGAUAGAAAAGAUCAAAAGAAACUGCAUCAAAGUAUUGAAAAAGUUAUGCCUCCUUAUUUGGAGGAUUUGCUCAAGGAAAGUUUUAAUCAGCAGAAUAAUGAGAGGAUAAGUGGUAUCAUAAUUGAUUCACCAUUGGCUUGGAUGUUGGAGAUCCCAAAGAAGUUGGGGAUAAAGACUGCAAUUUAUUGGUGUUCAACUCCCGGAUGCUUGGCUCUAGGACUAAUGAUUCCCCACCUUCUUCAGCUGAAAAUUAUUGAUGAUGACGGGACUUCAUUGAAGAAUGAGAAGAUCCAACUGUUACCAAACAUGCCAGCCAUUACCAUGUCUGAAUUUACUUGGUACUUUCCAGGAGACAAAAACAUACAAAAAUCGUUGUUUCAUGUUAUUAAAGGCAUAUUUUCGCACUUGAAGAGUUCUGACUGGAUAGUUUGCAACUGGUUCAACGAGCUCAACCCUUCAGCCAGUAGUCUGGCAUCUAAUAUUUUGUCUGUUGGUCCAUUACUUGCCAAUGGGCAAUCAGCCGGAAGUUUUUGUAUUGAAGACUCUAGUUGCUUAACCUGGCUUGACAAACAGUCUCCAAACUCAGUAGUUUAUGUUGCAUUUGGCAGCACAUCAAGGUUCAGCCAGGUACAACUUAAUGAACUAGCAAUAGGACUCGAGCUGAUGGGCCGACCAUUUUUAUGGGUGGCUUGGUCGGGCUUGUGCGAUGGACCAUUUCCUGCUUAUUCAGACAAGUUCUCAGCAAGAGUGGCCAAUCGAGGGAAAAUGGUCGAGUGGGCCCCGCAAGAAUUGGUGUUAAGUCACCCUUCCAUUGCGUGUUUUAUAACUCAUUGUGGUUGGAGUUCGUUCAUGGAGAGCCUAAGCAUGGGCGUGCCGUUGCUCUGUUGGCCGUAUUUUGGAGAUCAGACGUAUACACAGAGCUGCAUUUGCGAUGCUUGGAAAGUAGGCACAUCGUUGAAGGUGGAUGAAAUAGGGGUAAUAUCGAGGUCUGAAAUUAAGCAGAAGGUAGAAAAACUUAUUUCUGAUGAGAUUGUAAGGGAAAAUGUGAUUAGGAUGAAGGAAAUGGCUAGAAAAAGCAUCAGUAAAGGAGGCAGUUCUUGUAGUAACUUGGAAUAUCUAGUACAACAAAUGAAGUGA